CCGACGCCCAGGUCCUCUUCGCUGAAUACACUCGCUGCGCGGACUGGCAGCUCCCGAGUAUAGGCAGUCGGAACACCAUGUUCGAACGGGGGGACAACCCUUUGCUGGACAAGUUCUCCCAACUCCCGGCCCACGUCCAGCUCAACUGGAUGGCCUCCCCCUGGCCGAAACGGUCUAUCUGGCCGCUCGUAGCUGCCUCCGCUGACGACUUGCUCGCGGCGUACAUCACCAACCCGGAAAUUGUGCAGAUCCAGCCUGUGCUGGAGAAGCAUGGAUUGUACGACCCAUUCACGGUUAUACACUUGGGGAAGAAGACGAUCAAGGCUGGCCAGGCUGGGCCAGCGAUGCAGCGUCUGCUUACGAACCCACGUACGCUGGUGUACCUCGAGAGCGCACACAGGGUCGUCACGUUCUAUCUCUGGCUCUCCUAUCGCUUCCCCGUGUCGUUUGGCGAGCAACUCAAGGCGUUCGAGCUGAAGAACCAGAUUGAAGAUGCGAGCCAGAUCGUGCUUGCUUGGACUUCAGAU